AAUAAACGAUAGUUAUGUCCCCUUUAAAAUGGCUGCGCCCAUGACGUGGAAUUCGAAUUGAGAAUACAAACAUUUAACCUCAAUUGUCACAAUGGAUUACACAAAGUUCCUUGAUGAUGAAUUUGAUGUUAAAGAAUGGGUGAAUAAUGCUUUCUCCACCAGUAGGGAACAGGGAGUAUCCAAAGAUCAAUAUGCAACAACCUUAGUGAUGAAACUCCAGAUGUUUAUUCAGGAGGUGAACAAUGUGAUAGAAGAGGCCAGUCAACAGGCAAUACAGAACUUACCUAGAGUGAUGAGGGAAAUAGAGGCUGUUAAACAAGAGGCAUCACUUCUUCAGGACCAGAUGGUCGUUGUCAAACAUGAUAUACAGAAGGUUGAGCAUGAUACAGCACAGUCAAUGCAGACGUUGUUGAAACUGGAUUCUAUCAAAUCGAGAAUGACUUCUGCAGCUGAUGCUCUCAAGGAAGCAGACAACUGGACAACAUUGAGUGCUGAUGUGGAGGAUGUCUUCCAGUCACAAGACAUUGAAGCUAUUACAUCCAAACUCUCAGGGAUGCAGCAAAGUUUGCAAAUGUUAGUGGAUACUCCAGAUUAUGGUGAAAGAUGUCAACAUUUAGAGAAGUUGAAAAAUAGAUUAGAAGCAAUGCUCAGCCCACAGUUAAUGUCAGCAUUUAAUGCUCAAUCUAUAGAGGCAGCUCAGAUGUUUACAACCAUAUUCAAAUCUAUAGAUAGAUUACCACAGCUGUAUAAAUUCUACAACACAUGUCACAAGGGUACAUUGCUGCAGUCCUGGAAGACAUUAUUGGAGACAAAUGCAGACGACAGUUUGGUAGAAUGGAUGAAUCAGUUAUAUGACCAUCUCCUGUCGACAUGGCAUUCUCAGAUGAAAUGGUGUGGUCAGAUAUUUCCAGACCCAAUGCCAGUAGUUUGCCAGCUGAUUACAGAUACUCUGGGAGGACUGGAUCCCCCACUCUCACAGUGUUUUGAUACAUUUGUCUCACAGAAGGGGGAGCCAGUACCAGCUCUUAUUGAGUUGAAACAGAUAUCGGAAAGAUUUGCUAAAAGUAUAGAGAAGGCUGCAGAAUCUCAUUUGAAAGAUACGUUGGAGCAUACGAGGGCUAUGGAAUGUUUACUGGUUAUGAUAUAUUCUCCAUACACGCCAUAUCUUGUGAGGUACAGAACGUAUGAGGAACAAUGUCUUAACAAUGAACUUAACAAUAUAAAGAUGGACCAUACAGAGGUGUUUGAGACUGUACAGUUACUGAGUCAGAGUGUUAGCAAGCUGUUUAGCAUAGCCAAUCAGGCUGACGAGAGAUGUGUGAAACUCACCAAUGGCUGUUGUUAUGUCUCUCUCUUACAAGCUCUCAAGACAUACUUUAGUAACUACAGUAAAGAAUUCCGCAGAGUUCUUACAAACAUCAAAGAGAAAUGCAAAACCAGUCCAGGUGACCUAGAUUCAGAAGACUGGUCCAAUUUUCAGCACUCGCUCCGGGUCAUCCAGACAUGUGGAGACUUGAUCAUGCACACUGAAGAGUUUGAUUCAAAUGUUAUCAGCAAUGUUAUGAAUACUAUAGGUCAUCUGACGUCAUCAGGUUCACCUACAAAAGAUCUGACUUCUAUAUUUAAACAGAGUACCAAGAAAUCCCCUCUACAUGCACAAGCAUCAUUGUUCCUUAGCAACCAAGAUGAUAUUGAUGCAUUGGUUGCCAUGGUUACACUUUUACAAGAAGAUGAUCGACAUAUGCACAGGGACACCCCAGCGCUGCUUACUGACAGUAAAGAUGACAUGUAUAAACUGAGUGAGGAAGUACAUACCUUUGCUUUUGAUGUUGUCUUUGGUCAAAUGAAAGGAUAUUUGACAAACCUGUCUAUCAUGGAGAUCUGGAUGUCAAAGAGUGCUGGAGGAGCCUUGACCUCUGACCUUCCAACCUUCAGUUUGUCACCCCAGGAAUACAUGACAAAGAUUGGUCAGUUCCUGAUGACUUUACCACAACAUUUAGAACCUUUCACAAUGGAAGAUAACCAAGCGGUCCUAGUAGCCCUGAAAUAUGGUAAACUGCCAUAUACUGAUGAAACCGGACAAUAUGUGAUCAAUCCAAAGAGAAGAUCUUCACUGCCAGAACAUAUUGCCGACUUGUGGCUGGAAUCCAUUGCAAGGGGGACAAUGCAUGUGUUAUGUGAAGAAAUAAUAAGGAUACAUGAGUUAUCUACCCAUGGAACAAAACAACUUAUAACUGAUAUAGAUUACCUGUGCAAUGUGUUUGAUGAUCUUGGUAUCCAGGCAACAGACACGCUGAAGAACAUAGAUCUCUUAUUGAAGGCAAACUCGGAAACAUUCCACGACAUAGCUGAAAACAUGCCCCAGAGACUUGCACAUGCUAUUGGAAACAUGCGACAUAUUGAUUUGUAGACACAUAUGUACAAGGAUAAAUUAUUAUAAAUUAGAAAAACAUGUCUUAGUGCAAGAAAAUGUGCUUCUUAGAAAAUGUUUGCAGCAGUUUUAUCAUCUAGGAAAUAUUUGGCAUUAUACACUUAGUAAAUGGCUUGCCAGUCAGUAAUCAAAACUAUUGCCUGAGGUCUGAAAGACUGAGAACCAACAGUUUUGACAAUUGAUCACCAAGCCAUUCAAUACGUGUUUUGCUACAUGGCAUCAGAAAUAAAUUUUCAUAUUUUUGUUCUUCAAAUUCUGACUUUAGCCCAGCAAAAUUUUGUGUCGAACUAUAGACCAGUCAAUAAAACAAACUAUUGACCUGUGAUUUAUAUAAAGAGUAAUGUAAUAAAUAUUGAUACAGCUCAGGAGAUAUGAGACAUUGAAAAAACAAAAACCUCUCUGUGUAUUAGAGAUAUUUAUGUUCUCUUAGAUUUAAUGUUUAAAAAAUGAAAAUGUAAACUUUUUGUAGAAAAAGCUGUUUUGGAAUGACAGUAUACCUUGAAAAUAGUAAAUGCGAAAAGCUUUUUAUGAGUUUCUGAGGGACCAAUUUAUGUGUGGAAGUUGUUGGUUAUAGAUAGACAAAAGCCACUUUUUCAAUGUUCACUUUCAUCUAUUUUCAAACUGAAAUACUGUUGGAAAAUGGCUUCUUACUCCUUACAAAUUGUGAAUGUCUUUUAAAUGGUAAUUGGCACAGGGAAACACAUACAAGAUUUAGGCAUUAUGAUAAAAGAUGAGCGUUAUUUUUUAAGGGAGAUGUACUUAGACACAUUUCAGUAAAUGCUCAUAGAAUAAUUAGAGGGAUGAUACUUAAAUUGUAUGAAUGUAAAUAUGUGGAUGUAAAAUAAAUAUUAUUUAUGAUA